AUGGACAGGUCCAAUCAGACCUCCCCCCUGGUGGGGUUCAUUCUCCUGGGUCUCUCAGCCCACCCAAAGCUGGAGAAAACACUCUUUGUGCUCAUCCUGCUCGUGUACCUGGUGAUCCUGCUGGGCAAUGGGGUCCUCAUCAUGGUGACCAUCCUUGACUCCCGCCUGCACACACCCAUGUACUUCUUCCUGGGGAACCUCUCCUUCCUGGACAUCUGCUACACAACCUCCUCAGUGCCCCUCAUCCUUGACAGCUUCCUGACCCCCAGGAAAACCAUCUCUUUCUCAGCCUGUUUUGGGCAGAUGUUCCUCUCCUUUGCCAUGGGAGCUACGGAGUGUGUGCUUCUGGGCAUGAUGGCGUUUGAUCGCUAUGUGGCCAUCUGCAACCCCCUGAGGUACCCUGUAGUCAUGAGCAAGGUUGCCUGCGGGCCCAUGGCUGUUGGCUCUUGGGCAGCUGGUAUCACCAACUCUGUAGUUCAGACAUCCCAGGCUAUGAGACUGCCAUUCUGUGGGGACAAUGUCAUCAACCACUUCACCUGUGAGAUCCUGGCUGUCCUCAAGUUGGCCUGUGCUGACAUCUCCAUCAAUGUGAUCAGUAUGGUUGUGGCCAAUGUGAUCUUCCUGGGAAUCCCAGUUCUGUUCAUUUUUGUCUCCUAUGUGUUCAUCAUUGCUACCAUCCUGAGGAUCCCCUCAGUUGAGGGGAGGAAAAAGGCCUUCUCCACCUGCUCUGCCCACCUCACAGUGGUGUUCAUCUUCUACGGGACCAUCCUCUUUAUGUAUGGGAAGCCCAAAUCCAAGGACCCCCUGGGGGCAGACAAACAGGACCUUGUAGACAAGCUCACCUCCCUCUUCUAUGGGGUGGUGACCCCUAUGCUCAACCCCAUCAUCUACAGCCUGAGGAACAAGGAUGUGAAGGCUGCUGUGAGGAACCUGGUAAGUCAGAAACACCUAACUGAGUGA